GAGCAGCCACGCCGCCCACUAAACAAGGCGAAGCGCGCAUCAAGAAUUUCGCAACAGCCGCCGCCGCCGCCGCUGCUGCUGCUGCCCCGAUUAAACCCACGGAGGAGCGGAGGAGAGCAGACACCCACAGACAGACAGUCAAGAGAUCACUGCUGCUGUUGUCCUACACAGGAACUAAAGAAAGAUGGAUGACCAUGUUGCCACCAAAGAGCUGUGACAUCACUGUGAAGUCGUGGAUGGUGGUGGACGUUGUGCUUUCUUAACCUGGAUUUGUGCAACCUUUCUACCAGACCUGUUUGGCUUACCUCGUCCAAAAGAAAUAGCUGUUAUCUGCCAGUGAAUAUAAUAAGGGACUACCUGCCCAUCUUAACGAAAUGGAGACUCUUUCCCAAGAUUCCAUUCUGGAGUGCCAGAUCUGCUUCAACUACUACAGCCCUCGCCGGCGGCCCAAACUCCUGGACUGCCGACACACGUGCUGCUCAGUGUGUUUGACCCAGAUGCGCAGCAGCCAGAAGGAGAUUCGUUGUCCAUGGUGCCGUGGCGUCACCAAGCUCCCGCCGGGCCUGUCUGUCUCCCAGCUCCCGGACGAUCCGGACAUCAUCACUGUCAUCGCCAUCCCUCACGCCUCUGAGCACACGCCUGUCUUCAUCCGCCUCCCCAGCAACGGCUGCUACAUGCUGCCACUGCCUGUUGCCAAGGAGCGGGCGCUGGGCCUGCCGGGGGAGCUGGGAUGUCGUUUCCUGCCGGGCAGCCAGCAGAAGGGGGUGACAGUGGUGACCGUGCCCGAGCAGCAGCCUCUGGGCCUGGCUAUGGGUCUGGAGGGUGUGGGGGUUGGGCUGGAGGGAGGGGAGGGCGAGAGAAGAGUUACUGGCCCAGUGGGAGGAGGAGGAAAGGGCUCUACAUGGUCCGGUGUGUGCACGGUGAUCCUGGUGGCUUGCGUGCUGCUCUUCCUCCUGGGCAUCGUGCUGCACAACAUGUCCUGCAUCUCCAAACGCUUCACUGUCAUCUCCUGCGGCUGAGGGUGGGGGGAGGCUACUCGGACUGCUGCGGACCCCCCCUGGAUUCCCCCACCAGCUCUGCCUCUCCUCAGGGCAGGACUCUGCUGAGGAGAGGGGACUAAACUCACAUCAUGGGCAUCCAAGGAAACUACAGAGCAAUGUAGGGAGAAACAGGUGAAGAAGAGGAGGGCAGGGAGGAGAUCCACAAACUGUCUGCCAUUGUGUCCCUUUUUUUAUUUGGGAGACAGAAAUUAAAAUGGAAAUAUAGAUACAAACCUUUAAUUUCCUCUUGCUGGCCCUUAAACUCCCGUCCUUUCCUGUCCUUCCAUUUUCUCUGAAAGACCGCUUUGGGAAUUACUCCAGAAAUGUUUUUGGCCAGCUGAUUUGUUUUUGGCCAGCUGAUAUGCUUUUGGUGAGGGGCCGAUCUGACACUCACUCUUACUCAGAGCCGUUGGAUUGCCCGUUAGUCUGUGGUUUGUAGAAGUACAUCAGUUAUCAUAGUGUUGUUUAGCUGAGUGUAGGUUCCAAGUGUGGUGUCUCCAGCUGGUGCUGCAGUACAAAGAGUUCGGACUUGGCUGCUCUCCGUUCUCUGAUGCUGCAGGAAUUAAUUGUGCAGGAUCCACGUCUGGCCCCAUCUGAAUCAUCUGGGAAACUCAAAAUCAAGACAGCUUUUCUUUUUUUCCCUUUCAUACAACCUGUUCCUGCUCAGAACAAACUGUUGCUGUGAUGGCUCAAUGUAGUUAGUAAAGGGAUUGUUGUCAACAAAGGACAAAACAUGGAUUUUAUUCUUAAUUCAUGCCAUCUUGUUACAAGCCCAAACCAAAUACAUGGGUAGUAAAGAGUUGCUCUAUUCAGUCUUCAGUUUCAGUUAGUGCUGAAAUGGUCAGGCAUGGAGAGAUUGGUUGGUUAAUAAAUUACUGUUUCACAUUUUUCAAGCAAAAAAAAAGACAAAGAUUUAUUGUUUUCAGCUUGUUUUGAAGGAUUUUUUCUGUUUAUAUCAUUGUAAAUUCUAUAGCAUUGGGUUCUUGGGACUGUUUGCCAGCUAAAUUCGAUGGUUGCUUUUUCAAAAAAAAAAAUCCUUUACAAAAAGAAUGAUUAAAGAAAUAAUUGAUUAAUUGGUAAGUAAAAUAAUCACUAGUUGCCAUCCUAUAUUGAAAAUGUUGGGAAAAUGUUGUACAGCCCUCUUUUAGGAUGCUUGUUGCCAAAAAUAUGCAGGCUAUAUGAUAAACAAAGAAAUUGCUCAAAAUACUAUGAAUAGAACUUUUUUUUCUUUUUAAAGACAUUGAUUCAUAUUUAGGGAAAGAAGUUUAUUUGAAUUCUGUCUUAAAGUAAGCUAUAAAAAAGAUCAAUACCAAUCUCAUGUCUUUGUGUUAUGUGCAGCUCCAGGGCCAGGAUGCAGUUAGCCUAGCCAAGUGUAAGAUGGAAACAGAGACAAACAGCUAGCCUGGCGCUCUCCUAUAUUUAAAAUCUUGACACUUAAUUUGAACCUCUAAAUCAAAACAGUUACAGUAACAUGUUAAAUCUUGUUUGUUUAAUUUGUACAAUGGUCAAUUGAACUUAAGUUCGUUUACCCCCUAACUGAGGUUCAUUUGGACAGGUAUGAACACAGCAAUCACGCUUGGGUGCGCGCCAAAACAACCAGACUGAGACCUUCUUGAAGAGGUGGUCUUGGUCCUGUCACAACCGAACUCUAGUGCGGUUCGUUUGUGAUGAGAACGUGUUCCAACCUCGAUCCGAACCAACUGCACACACAUAACGCUUUGUUUGGGUUAAACAUGAGCAUGUUACAGUCCUGGAGGAUUAUUAAUGUGCGCUUCCUCCUGCACUGCCUUAAUAUGCACAUUCAGCACAUCCAAUGCAUCAAAACAUUGUUUUCUAGUUGGGGCCGCACCUCGUUUUCAAACUGUAUGGUUUGACUAAAAUGAACAAUGACCACAAUAUAGUCCACGAUGACCAGCGUUAAAAUCAACCUGUGUAGUUGUCCCUCCAUUGUGACAUUAGAAAGUGUUGCAUUAUUUUGCAAGUGUAAUCUUCUUCAACGCUUAGUUUACUUCCUGUAUUUUUCCCGCACAGAAAUUCUGACCAAUCAAGAGCAGCUUUCUCGCACAAGGCAGAUAUGGUCUGCUUGUAAAUGCUGCCGAACACAAACCAACUCUAGAAAAUUAUGCAAUUUUGUAAUUAAAUUAGUCCCUGAUUCGGACCAAAGCAAGCGAACUCUAGGUGUGACAGCACCCUAAUAUUUUUGUACAGUUUAAACAAACAGGAUAAAACAUGUUCCAGUAAUUUUUGAGCUUUUAGCGGUGCUUGUGUGUUUUUGAACAUUGAAGAGAGCUAGGCUAGCUGUUUCCCUGCAGUUUUAUGGGGAGCUACAUGCUACGUGAGUUAGGGCCUGUGUCCACAUAGCAUUUUUCCUCAGCAGAAAAUUGUUGGCAGGGUACUGGGGAGUGCUUCAUCCCAGCGCCUCAUAAAUUCCUGCUCCCAGUGCUUUUUUAAAAGACGCACUGUGUAUGGGUAUGUUUCUGUGACAACAAUCUUGACACCAAUGUUAGCUCGGUAGCUAACACAAUGCUACAUUAACAGAGGGUCGACCACAGUUAACAACAAGCCUACAAAGCGAACUGGAAAGCACAACACUCACCAGCAACAUCCAGUGUCCGCAGGCCGGUCCGCUCCCAAAAUAAUGAGCUUUUUUUGUCUUUGUUGUGACUGUAGACCUCAGCAUAGCUAAAGAAGUGGCAACUCAGAGCGCAGGGGGCGGUUGCAUAAAAAAAAGAACAACUGAAAAAAGAUGCCAGUGCUGAGAAAAAAAAAAAAAACACUCUUUGGACACAGGCCCUUAGUUAGCCUACAGGACGUAACCACAGUUUAAACAUUUUUGUAUGGUUUAAACAAACAAGAUUUAACAUGUUACAGUCAUUUGUGAGCUUUUUAAGGAUUUUUUUAACGAGAUUAACUGUUUCAGUAAUUCUUGAGCUUCAGAAGUAAAUGUACUUUAAACCCCGAAGAGUGCAGGGUUAGCGGUUUCCCUGUGCUUCCAGGCUUUAUGCUAAAAUAAUCAAAGCCAACUGCCUCCUGCCUCUGCUGUACAUGAGAGUGGUAUUGAUCUCAUCUAACUCUUGGCAAGAAAGCCCAUAAGUCUAUAGUUAGUUUUUUUUUGCGUAAUGGAAUAUUGGACAUUCAAGGCAACAUUUUUGUUUUAAGUUUUUCUUUACAAUGCAUCCAUUUGUGUGUUUUCCCACGGAUGCUCAGUGUGUUACCAUUCGUUUACUGCUCAUCUACGUUUCACCUUCACCUGCAGACCACUAUCGUCCUCCAAAGACGGACUCUCCAGCUUUGACCAGGCCUUCACCAGCAGCCCACACACCAUCGACUCCCUUCAUCUUAAUACUUUCCUUAAUUUAGAAAACCGGUGGACAUGGGCUCAACAGUGCGAUGGUGUGUGUUUGUGUGUGUGAGUAAUGGGUCAGUAACGGGUCAGGAGUGGGCGGGCGCUGCAGGGUUCCAGUUAAUGACGGCUGUAUCGAUUUAUCUGCUUUUGAAUAUCUCUCGCAUCCGCAGAGAUGGAUGCUUCUCUUUUUUUCACUUUUAUAUGUUGAGGCGAGCAAUUUGUCUGUUUACUGUAUCGUUAAAGCAAUGGAGUGUACAGUGCUCACAAACAGGGUGAACUCUUUUGUACAGCAGCCUCGUCAUGUACAGAAUGAUUGUAAUUUGUCUUUUUUCUGAAACUUUUUUUGUUGAUAUGUUUUACUUGGUUGUAUUAAGAUUUGAGAUCAUGGAGCUCUGUGUGUAUGUGUGUGUGUGUGUGUGUUGCUCUAAAAAAACAACUUAUUCAGUACACUUCAGGGCACUCAGAGAUGGCAUGACACACCAGUGACACAACAUAAGGAAAGAAAGUGUUUGGUAUUUUUGGUAUUUAGUAUAUAAAGAAUUAUAUACUGUACCAGUGUUAUGUAUAAAUGCGUAUAUCCACUUGUUCACUUAAAAAUAAUUCCUAGAGGUAUCUAACACAUCUAAACUAUGGAUGACCUAAUCACUGAAGGUCGAAGAAGUGACCUUUCCCUAAAACUAUAUAUAUUUUGUUCAAACUGGGGCUUUCUAAAAUCUGUUUUGACUACCCAUAUCAUUAUAUCUUCACCACUUUGCAUUUUAUUUAACAGAAAAUAAGUUCUUUUUAAUCUUAGCAGAAUUUGUCUUUGAUUUUUAUUCAUUUUGAUUUGGCAUUCCAUAUAAACAUUAUUCCACCCCAUUUCACCGAAGCAAAGUCUGAGAUUUCUCUCCUCUUUAAGAGAAAGGAGACCUAAGACAUUUAAUUCAGACUGAAAUGGAUGAAAUCAAAAUAAAUGUCAUCCAUUUUGCAGCUUAAUGCUUCCUGCACAGGAAUAUUCUGUUAUGAAAGCAUUUCAGGCACCAAAAGGGCAACUAUUUGUUUCACAGUUGCAGUGAGAAACGGGAGUUAAGUUCAGCUGAACUGGUUCAUUUGGGAAAUGUGUGCUGGUUGCAGCUCUGGCUGUUGCUAUGAGACUACACUGAAAGUCCUUUUGAAGUGCGGCGCUGCUUCGCUGAAAGUUGAAAUAUUUUUAGCUCCGAGCACUCUGCACUCUGCGGACUGAAAUACUUGCUAAUUUCUCAGCACUUGAGAUUGAAGUGGUUUUCUGGCUGUGCCCGAGAUAACUUUGUGAUAAAGGAAAUCCCAGUUAAAACAAAAAAGUGCAUAAAUCAUUUUUGGGGAUAUCUUUGGGAAGGCUAUGUGACAUGUCAGUUUUAUUAGUAGGGUAUACUUUAUACUGCCUUUUUAUGUUGUGAAUGAUGGCUUUAUUAUGGCUCAAUGCUUUAUAAAUCAGUAUUUUAUCAUAUAUAGGAACUCAAUAGACAGUAGACUGCUCCACCUGCCCUUAAAUUAUUAUUACUGAUCUAUAAAGCAUGAAUAACAAUGUAUAAGUAUUUCCUAAAACCAUUUGUUUAUGUAUGCCAUAUUAGAAAGUAGCACUAAGAAAUGUUUCAUCUUGAUGGUGUUGCUGAAAUUCACUUUCACCAUUUUUCUGUUGGGGGAAUUAAAGAAUAGAAGGAGGAAGAAUAAAAGUAUCCUGAAAUGCUUGCAAGACAGUCUUAACUGUUACUAAUGGGACAUUACACCUAUCAAUACAUAACAAAUUUGUUAUCUGCUGAGAUUUUGAGAUACCUGCCUCCAUCACAAUGGACAACAGUAACUUCUCUUUCCAGAAGGACGUCCCCAUUCCUGUUUAAAACUCCAGACAGAUUUAAUUGAAACAAGAAACAAUUGACUGUGGUUUCUAUGGGGACUCACUUUUUCGAAAGUGUUUUCGAGCUGUUGCUUUUGAAAUGUGUUGAAACUCCGAUAUCUCAAAGCCUGGACAAAUUGAAACCAGCCAUAUCUACGAAGCCCCUAAAGUCCCAAAAGGUUGUUUUUUUUUGUAUUUGUUGUAUUAUCUUGUUGGAACAAGUUAUUAUCUUGUAGGAACAUGUUGGCCUAUUAUCUUUUGCGCACAAGGAAGUAACUUUUAUCUUGUGCUCACAAGUUAUUAUCUUUUGGGAACAAGUUAUUGUUUUGUGGGGACAAGAUUAUUAACUUACAAAAUAAAAACUAUCUCCUUUCGGAAUGUUAAGGACCCCGUACUAGACUUCACUUUGUGUUAAAGUAAGUGCAAAGAUAUGCUUUUUAGUAAUUUAGGUGAACUUGACCGUUUAAUAUUCCAUCUGUGCAUCCAUUUUUGGAGAGGUGCUCAGCUCAUGUGUACAGUUUUAGACUGGAUUUUUCUCACUUUGGCACAAAGCAUGAUUGAGCAAAUAUUAGCAUCAUAACUCAUCACUUGUUUUAACCAGAUUUUCACACAAGAAGAUUGAUUGCAUUCAGAAAUUAUCCUGCCUGAGAAGAAUUUACUCACACAACAACAAUCUUUUGUAUUUUUCGCGUUCUUUUUCAUCAACUGACCUCUGAUGUUGUGUUUACACUGAGGGUGAAUAAAACACUUAACAUGAUUAAGUUACGUGUUGAGUCAAUAUACUGUAAAGAUGCGAUUAGACAUGAAUUCCCUCUGGUGGGUGCAAUAGACACGAUGCAAAUGAUACAAAGUACGCGAAUUAAGCUGCGCAAAUAAAGCGAGUAGCGCGAUUUCACGUCAUACACUCAUUCGCAAGAGUUGAAAAAUCUGAACUUAAGUGAUUUGCGCUGCAUUAGCCAAUCAGCAUUUAGAUCCUUUGGGGACAUAUGAUGCCGAAGACAAAUAUUCAUCGAUUCAGUGAUUUCAUGUUCAUAUGACGCUAGUUAUUGGCGCAUAUGAAGUGUAUUGAAGUGAAUUUUGUCAACACAAAAUAUUCUGGCAUUCAAACUCAUGGGAAUAGCGCGACGCAAAAAUUUGCGUCAUGCUUGGUGUAUACACAACAUGAGACUGCACCAGGUGUGGUUGCUAGGAGAUUUUCAACACAAAGCCUCAGUAUAGGCUGUGGUUAAGAAGUUCAAUUUUUUUCCUGCAACCUCCUUCCACAGGGGUGACCCUCAAGUCAAGUCAGUUCAGUGUGGGGUUUUUUUAAGUGCAUUUUCAAUUUCAGCAUAAAGUUGAAUGGAAAUGCCAAAAUUAAAAAAAAGAAAAAAGAAAAUCUAAAUAUUGCAAAAAAAAAAAAGUAGUAGAGGGAAUAGGAAGAAAAGUUGGUGUAUUAACAGAAAUGUGGCAUUCCACCUGUGCGCGUUUACAAUUUGCACAUUAAAAAAAGGAGUGGAAACACCAAAAAUUGAAAAAAAAAAAAAUCCCCAAAUAUCACAAAAACGUUAUUACGCUUGAGAGAGGUGGAAAAGUUGAUGAGACUAAGUGCAAUAGAAACACAUUAAGUGAAUGAAUGAUGAUGUACUUUGAAUGUAUGGGCCACUGCAUACUCUUUUUAUCAGCUGUUUAGAUGUUUAUGUAGUGUAGCUGUUACCAGAACUCCUCCAAGAGCACACAGCUGUAAGAUCAGUUAUUCAAAACUUUCUUUGUCUAUUGUCUGCAUAGUCCAGUCUUCUCUUCAUUAUUGUUCAUCCAUUGAUUUCCUUCGUUUGAGGUUUGAUUGGUGCUUUUCUAAUUAAGGCGUCCUGUUGCUCCGUCUUCUCCUGCAGUGGCACCUAAAUGGAGAAUUAGCACCACCUAUUGCUUAUCUCAGUGAACCAGCAAAAUAUUAACAUAACAGUAGUGGAUGGUAAAGUACAUAAAUUAAAUUAAAAUUUGCGCUUAAUUUGAUGGAAACCCAACUAACAAAACAUAAGUGCAAUGGAAACAGAUUAAGUGAACAAAUAAUAAUGCACAGUCGUGACGUACUGUCAUUGCACAGGCCGCUGCAAGCGCUCUUUGUCAUCUCUGGCUGGCGCAUGACACACUUAAAUGCUCACAGGGCUGUCAUCAGAAAUUCUCCAAGAGCACAGAACUGUCUAUUUCCAUUGUCCAGUGUGCUCUCUCUUGUUAUACAUCCAUUGUCUUUUUUUCAUUUGAUUGGCGCUCUUUAAUUUUGUCAUCUUGUUGCUCCCUCUUCUGCAGUGGCACCUGACUGGAAAACUAGCUCCACCUACUGCCUAUCUUAAUGAACCAACUCCCAAUAUUCACUGAGCAGUAGUGGAUAGAGAAGCAAUGCACCUUGUUUUUUCACCCUUACAGUGUCUGUACAAUGCUGAUAUAUGAGCUUAUUGCUCUGGAGGCAGUAAAAUCCCAUCAAACACUUUAAAAUGCUGUCAUGCAAAACCAAGAACAUGCACUUUGGCCUUUGGCUACAUGGCUUUUUAUAUUUUUCCCUGUUAGAUUAAACAUUUCCCAAUAGAAGAUCACGAAUGAUAAGACAGAGUAUUCUAAACAGGAUAAAGGUCUGUUCCCGUCAUAAAUCAACCUUUUCACAUGACAUUUUCCUGUGAUUUGAGAGAAUAUCGCACCUCUGAAUCUCCUUCCUGUCUUCUGUUAUAAUUGUUUUUUUCUUCAAAUCAAAAGUUGCCCUGUACAAGACUUUUACAGAAACAUAAGGAGUUACAUCUGGAGAAGGCAGGAGAGGAGGCUUGUCAUUUCUGUGCCCGUGUGUUUGUAAAAAAAAAAAAAAAAAAGAAUGCCAUGAAGCUCCUGUUGUAGUUUCCUGUUUGUGUCAGGUCGAACGACAGCUGAUAGCUGUUUUUGGUGAACUAUUAAAGCAAACGCUCUGAAUCUGAAAAGUAAGGACUCCAGUAGUC